GUCACAUUUAGAAAGCAUAGACAAAGAUUUAUAUUGGUUUCAUUUCAUUAAACUUUCCAAAUAUGACACGUUUUAUGUUUUCUCUAGCAUGGCCUUUUGUUCUUCUAUUAGCUUCUUCAUUAGCUUCUGCUGCUAUCGUGGAACAUACUUUCAAUGUGGAAGACUUCACUAUUCAGCGAUUGUGCCUUCCACAGGUGAUCACUGCCGUCAAUGGAACCUUACCAGGACCAACAAUUAAUGCUCGAGAGGGUGACACUGUUAUCAUUCAUGUAUUCAACAAAUCACCCUAUAAUCUUACUCUUCAUUGGCAUGGAAUCAUUCAAUUUUUAACUCCUUGGUCAGAUGGUCCAGAAUAUGUAACCCAAUGCCCAAUACCAUCUGGUGGCAGCUAUACCUACCAAUUUAACUUAACAGGUCAAGAGGGUACACUUUGGUGGCAUGCACACUCUUCUUUCCUACGUGCUACUGUCCAUGGUGCCCUUAUCAUUAAGCCACGAUUAGGUCGCUCGUACCCCUUCCCAAAGGUUUAUCAAGAAGUCCCCAUAUUGCUUGGGGAGUGGUGGAAUGCUAAUGUUGAAGAAGUUGAGAGAAAUGCAACAGAUACGGGUAACCCUCCAGAGGAAUCAAAUGCAUCCACAAUUAAUGGCUUACCUAGUGACUUAUAUAACUGCUCCCAAGAUCAGACUUACAAGGUCAAAGUGAAGCAAGGAAAAACCUACUUACUACGCAUUAUCAAUGCUGCACUCAAUGAACAACAUUUCUUCAAGAUAGCAAACCAUAGUUUCACAGUUGUAGCUAUGGAUGCUAUCUACACAGAACACUAUAACACGGAUGUUGUGGUGCUUGCGCCCGGCCAAACCGUUGACGUUCUCUUAAAAACUAACCAAGUUGUUGAUUCUUAUUACAUGGUUUUCACACCAUACCGUUCUUCAAAUGUUGGAACCAGUAACAUAACCACUAGAGGAGUUGUUGUUUAUGAUGGUGCCUCCCAAACAAAAGCACCUAUAAUGCCAAUUAUGCCUGAUGCCCAUGAUACACCAACAGCUCACAAGUUUUACACCAAUGUUACAGGUUUAACAACUGGCCCACAUUGGGUUCCAGUUCCACGUAAAGUAGAUGAACACAUGUUCAUAACUUUUGGUAUUGGUCUAGAACAAUGCAUCAAUCCAGGACCAGGUCGUUGUGUUGUACUAAACUCUCGACUUUCUGCCAACAUGAACAAUGAAUCUUUUGUUCUUCCUAAGGGUAGAGGUUUCUCAUUAUUGGAAGCAUUUUACAAAAAUAUUAGUGGUGUGUACACAAAAGAUUUUCCAAAUCAACCACCCUUUGAAUUUAAUUAUACUGACCCUUCAUUGGCUAAUGUUAAUCCUUCUGAGCCACUUGCAUUUGCACCUAAAUCAACUAAGGUGAAGACUUUGAAGUUUAAUUCAACGGUUGAGAUUGUGCUACAAAAUACAGCUAUUCUUGGGACAGAGAAUCAUCCUAUUCAUAUUCAUGGGUUUAACUUUCAUGUUUUGGCACAAGGUUUUGGGAAUUAUAAUGCCACUAGAGAUGAACCAAAGUUUAACUUUGUUAAUCCUCAAAUGCGUAACACCAUUUCUGUGCCAGUGGGAGGAUGGGCUGUUGUUAGAUUUCAAGCAAAUAAUCCAGGUAUUUGGCUUGUACAUUGUCAUUUGGAAACACAUUUGCCAUGGGGGUUAGCAAUGGCUUUUGAGGUUGAGAAUGGACCUACUCUUGGAACUACAGUGCCUCCUCCACCAGCUAAUCUUCCUAAGUGUUGAGUACAUUAUUUAAUGUCAAACCUUAUAAAUUCUUGUGUUACUUAAAAAAUAAAGAUUUAGUAGUCUUAUUAUUUUGUAAUAAUUUUAAUAUUAUUUUUCUAAUUGACAAAAAGUGUAAUAAAGGCCAAAAUGUUUGCCUAUUCUUUCAACAUAGCUACCUCAUAGCGCAAUUCAUAUAGCUUGUAAACAUUGCUUCAAAAAAUUAGACCCUGUAAACAUUUAUCAAUUUGACA